GGGGAUUUGUCAAUAAGGGCCUCAAAAGUCCUUUUCAAAUCGUGAUACCGAAUAAACAUUCGCACUUGCGACAUGAAAUGACACGGGGCGCAGAGAGAAAAAGAGAAAGUGGCAAAAACACCACCCCUGUUGUUUGAUCUCCCAGUUGCAUUACCCUUUUUCGACUUAAGCUGACAUAGAACUUUGGUAAAGCAGGCGAUCGGGAGUGAGAGAGAGUUCAGUGGGACCAGUUUGUGGCUGAUCCAGAUUACACCAGUGACUCACGCAAGUUUCAAGUCGUGCUCACUCAAUCGAAUUUUAUGUACCUUUUCAUGCUGGACGAAGCUUCGACGGGGCUUGUAUAAAAUGUCGCAGGAACCUUAAAACUUGACACAUUCAGUCUUUUGCAAGUAAUCGCCGUGUAGCUCAUUUAAGAUCUUUGGAGGUUUACGAAAGUAUUUGAUAAUCCCCCAGGGGAAUCACUUUACAGCUUUUUCGUCACCUUUUCGUCACCAUCGCAAAGGAAGAUUCCACAGUCACUCGCAUUGUAGUUUGAAAGUUAUUUCCCUCCUGAAACAGGACUUUAAUAUCAUACUUCGAUUCAUGCAACUUUUUUAUUCCAUUCCGAAGGAUCUGCAAGCUGCUGUGGAGAUACCGUUACAUAAAAAAUACUUUAUCUAAGCGAAAAACAUACCGUCUACCUGAGCCCACGAAAAAAGUUUUCGCCACCCCAACUAUGCCUGCAAUGAGCGCCGACGCUCUCCGCGCACCGACCUACAACGUUUCGCAUCUACUCACCGCCGUGCAAUCAGAAAUGAACCGGGGCAGUGAGAAGGGAGACCCCAGCGAGAAGGGGCUCAAAGUCAGGCUGGAGGACGUAGAACUAUGGAAGAAAUUUCACAAAUUGACCAACGAGAUGAUCGUCACAAAGAGUGGCAGGCGAAUGUUCCCUGUCCUAUCCGCCAGCAUCGCCGGGCUCGACCCGAACUCCAUGUACUCCAUACUGCUCGACUUUUCCGCUGCUGACGACCACCGCUGGAAGUACGUCAACGGGGAGUGGGUACCCGGAGGGAAGCCCGACGGCUCGCCUCCGACCACCGCCUACAUCCACCCCGACUCGCCAAACUUCGGAGCGCACUGGAUGAAACAAGCCGUGAACUUCAGCAAAGUCAAGCUCUCCAACAAACUCAACGGAAGUGGACAGGUAAUGUUGAAUUCCCUUCACAAGUACGAACCACGAAUCCACAUCGUACGGGUAGGAGGCAGGGAGAAACAGAGAUUGGUCGGAAGUUAUUCGUUCGCAGAAACUCGCUUUAUUGCCGUUACAGCAUACCAAAAUGAAGACAUAACACAACUCAAAAUUAAAUACAACCCAUUCGCCAAGGCUUUUCUCGACAUAAAAGACAAAAAUGAAGGGCAUGAUCUCUUUGAUGAUGUUCACGAUCUCCAGGGUUCGAAAUAUCCACAAUUCGGUGGCUGGUUUCUGCCGGGCUCGGGAGCGUUCGGCCCCUCACCGCAUCAGUUCGGCCCAUCUCUCGGGCUCCCAUCUCAUGCAGGAUGCGAGAGGUACGGUGGGUUACGAGGUCACCGCACAUCACCCUACCCACCCCCGCCCUACCAUCAGAAAUAUGGAGCCGCAGGUGCGGGAUACGGUGCCGAUGCUUCGGCGGGUCUCUCCAGCAGCAUCUCGCUGCUCGCUGCUGACGGCUGGUCAUCGCUCGCCAACUCAACAUCAGCACCAAACUCGAUGCCUUCCUGUAGCCAAUACGGCAGCAUGUGGCCGUCCACUGCCGCGACCUCCGGGUUCCCGCACGUCAGCUCUCCGCAGUCACCGCUUCCGACCGGUCUGUUCCGCAACCCUCAUUCGACCUCGACACACCAGCCCAACCUCGGUUCAACCGCGCACGGGAUGGGCCCAGGUGGAAGCGUUCACCCGUCCACCGCCGCGGUCACGACCGCAAACUCGUCCGAGACGCAUGCGCAGAGUCAGUCCGUCAUGGCACCGAUAUCGGUACCUAUUUCCUCCGCUGCGGGACACGAUAUGAGCGGAUCGCCUGCCGCGGUGCAUUGCCAUCAAACGGGCUACCAUGACUCGUACCAUGGGGACAUCACCGGAAGCGCUGUUGGUCUGGAUAUCAGCGGCUAUGGAGCCUGCCAUACAUCAAACCAUCAUCAAAAUUCUCCGCAUCAACAGUUGGUCGGGAAAAGUGUUUCAUCUUGGAACCCCUUAACACCGCCUUCGGUUUGAAAAGAACAUUGAAAACAAAGAGACUCGAUGAAAAGCAUGAAAUAAUGCGGACUAAUUGUACAUUGUUUGCUUCUGACUAGAUGAUAUUAUAUCUCCAUGAGACAAUAGGCAUAUGAGAUACAUGUUCGUGUUGCUAUAGCUUUACCAAUGUUAUGGUUGAGAACAGAAAUACAUUAACUUGCGAUGGAUAUAGGGCUCUGAAAACAUGAUCACAGUGAUAAGAGAUAUGAAAUAGUUUUUACUAAAUUGCAUGGCAAGAACUAAUCCUUUGUGAUAUCUUGAUAUAAUCCAAAUAUUUACUGCCUAUCCUCAUGUAAUGGUAAAAUACCGUAUUCGGUAUUAUUGCACUCUUAGACAUUCAAUAUUGGUGUACUGUAGAACAAUGAUGGUUAGUUUGUAGAUGUGCCAAAAUUGUAUCGACUUGCAAGCAUUUCGACCAUAGAUACUAUUCUAUAAAGAGGCUUUAAAAUGAAACCGCCCUUUUACUUUAGACUUGUGAUAGCUGGCUAUCCUAAAAAGGUAGAAAAUCGAUCAAUGAUGGAUUGGAACAUUUAUCUGAUAAUUUCAAAAAUAUAAUUUGGAAGAAUAGCUCGCACAUUUACUGUUAAUUAUGUAACUCAAUGCAGUACGCAAAAUUAUUUUAUUGACAGGUCUGUCAUGUCAAUAUUAUCAUUUGUGAAUGGUAUAGACUGAUUUUAUUUCUUCGCUCAGAAACGCCAGGAUUUACUCAAAAGCUUCAGCCGUGAAGACGAGGAGGCUCCACAAAAAAUAGAUCCAUGAUUUGUAAA